UUUUCAUCAUCCAAACAUCCAUAGCUUCUUCAAUUCAUGGUAAUAAAACUCUUUUCCCUCUCUUUGCUCCUCAUACUCAUCCAUGGAGUUCCCGCCAAAUCGACGCCGAUACGCGACUCCGACGGCGAUGAGGUCAAAACCGGAGUCGAGUACUACAUCGACUACGCGGGCUUUGGUUUUCGCGGGGGCAUCGGACUCCCCGGGUGGUCCCGGCUAACAUGCCCUUCGAGUGUAAUUCAAAUGCAAUCCGAGGUCGAUAGAGGCCUCCCGGUGACUCUCCAAACCCUCGUUGCGCCCGCCAACAAGAUUUCCGAGACAACAAUUUAUGAGAACUCGACGGUUUACGUCAAUUUCCCGCAAUACGUCACACGGUGUGAAUAUGGAGCCGCGGCUUGGAGUGUCGAGAUUUCUGAGUUGGAUGGGAAGUUCCUUGUUGUGGCUGGCGACUCGAUAUCUAGUCCAUCGAGUCAAUUUAGAGUCGUGCCAGCCGGGGGAGAAAAUGUGUACUCGUUUGAGGUAUGCCUUCCGAUUGCGUGGCUUCAAUGUCUCAAACUUGGGCUUUCAAACUUGCUCGGUGUGGACCGUUUGGUGGUGAACUUUCAGACCGACGAGAUUCCCUUCGAGUUCAAGUUUGUUAAGAAGCGAGCUUUUGGGUCGACGAAGAAAGUUGUUCGAGUGAAGUGAUCGAUGAUCAAAUGGUAAUAAUAAUAAUAAGGUUAAAAGCUUGACAAUCGUAAAUAAAAAUUGUUGGCUGACUCCCGUGAAAUAUAAAUAAAUAAAUGAUCAUAUUCUUGCUAA